CACCCCGCGAACACAUUUGAAAACCUUCCAGCUCUCCAUCCCCAAGCAGUCCCGAUCCACAACAUCCUCGUUUCCAUUCCCCGUACGGCAUCAAGUUUUCUGGCCCACCUCCUUGAGCUCCCCUCCCAGCCGCCAAUAGUUCCCCAGCCGCCAAUAGUUCCCCACCCGCACGAUGGAUACUUUUUCCUGACCACGCUAUUGCAUCGCUUCAGAAACGCUACAUUCGCACGCCCAUACGGAUCCUGGGGCGAAGAAUAGAGAUAAGAGAUGGAUGAUGUAGUCUUGGGUGGACGAUGCAGAGCGAGGAGACUUCCUGGCAGGGGAGAUGGGGGAAAGGGGAAUGUAUGUGAAGGAGCAUGUCAAUUGGAUGGUUACGGCUGAGGUGGAGUCGACAUUCUUGCAUCCUUCAUUCUCGCCCUUGAAUAUCACGAGCCUGGAAGCAAAUGAAACAGACGAGAAGCCAGAGAACCCGACGGUUGUGCCGGCUGAGCUCUGGACCCGCGUGCGACUCACAUUGCUCAUUCGACACCCAGCGCUCACUUUUCCGAGCGCACUGCGCACGGCAGUUGAUAACGAGGGGCUAGAGAAAGUGCUCAGGGAGGAAAGUAAAGUGGUGAUGAGGUGCGAGUGUACUGUUGACUGGCAUGUUCUGCUCUACCGCUUCCUCGGCUCCUUUCAUCCACCCUCUGGCUCGAAAGGGAAGAUAAGCGCAGAGUCAAUUAUUCUCGAAGCAUCGCAGCUCCAGGAUUCGGUAUUUGUGAGACGGUAGGCAGAGGGGAUUGGUCUAGACCCCUCAAAGGUACAAAUGCAAUGGGCCGCCACACCUCCCUCCACUCAAUCUCAACUCAACAAAAUAGAGCGGCGGAUGGAAGAUACGUCAUAAUUCAGGCAGGGGUCAAUGUUGUGAGCGACCCGCUCCAAAUACGUAUAUAUCAGACGAAAGGACGUCCACCGGAGGGCGAGAUUAUACAAUGGUAUGCUCCAUAGUUCCAAUGGAAUUCGGUCUCUACAUCGCGUUACGAACAACCGUAUACAGAGACUGUAUAAAGA